AUGUCAGAUAUUAAGUCAAGAUUGAAUUUCACUUAUAGAACAAGGUUUAAACCUAUUCAAAGGAUGUCGGAUGGUCCAUCCCCAUUCCAUUUUAGUUUUAUACUUAGAGAGAAUCCUAUUAAUACAUUGGAGAACGUAAUUUCUAAUCCAGAUUGUUUCUUCACGGAUAUCGGAUGGGGAUGUAUGAUUAGAACGGGGCAAAGUUUAUUAGGUAAUGCUUUACAAUUAAGGAACCUUGGUAGAGAUUGGAGGUUUGAUGAUAAUACUGAUUUAAAAAUGACUGAGAAAUCGAAUGAAAUUGCAUCUUGGUUCAUGGAUACUCCUGAGAAGCCCUUUUCAUUGCAUCGAUUUAUUUCAAAAGGGAUGCAAUUGUCUGGGAAAAAACCUGGAGAAUGGUUCGGGCCUGCAGCUACAGCUAGAAGUAUACAAAGUUUAGUACAUGAAUUUCCUGAGUGUGGUAUUGAUAAGUGUCUCAUAUCUGUCUCUUCAGGUGACAUAUACAAGACAGAAGUGGAGGACGUCUUUAACGAGGGACAUACUGGUGAGGCUAGGAAUGGACAAAAAGAUAAAACGAUAUUGAUUUUAUUGGGUGUAAAAUUAGGGAUUGAAACAAUUAAUAGAUGUUAUUGGGAUAGUAUACGACGUAUAUUGAGUUCAGAAUAUUCGAUAGGCAUAGCUGGAGGUCGACCUUCAUCGUCAUUGUAUUUUUUUGGAUACCAAGGUGAUGAAUUACUUUAUUUUGAUCCACAUUCUCCACAACCAUCAUAUGAUAAGAAUGAUCUUUUUUAUGAGACUUGUCAUACUACAAAUUUUGGUAAAUUGUCCCUUGCAGAUAUGGAUCCAUCGAUGUUAUUGGGGAUCCAGAUUACCGGGAGAAAAGAGUGGGAGCAAUGGCAAAAGGAAAUAAAGGAGUCCAAGAUAAUCAAUAUCCUUGAAAUGCAUCCCGACGAUAUGAAUUUUGAUAUAGACAUUGAUAUGAAUAAUAAAGACGAGUUUGAUCUUGAAACUAUGUGUUCUAAUGUGUCAAGGACGCAAGAUAUUGAUGCAAAUACUUCUGUGGAAGGAGAUGAUUAUGUAGAUGUAGGUGCGCUAUUACAACAGGUAGGGGGGACUCCUUCAAGCUCUAAAGAUGACGGAUUUCAAGACAUACAGUGCAAGAAACAAAACAUUAUGGUAAUAGGAAAUGCGUGUUGUUCAAAUACAGUCGGUGAGAUUGAGGUAGAAAAAGUUCUUGUUGAGCAUGAUACAAUCGGCGUUGCAAACCCUUUGCCCAUAUUCAGAUGA